AUGCUGCCCUCAUCGGUGCGGCGAGUGGUCGCUGCACCACCGGCAGCGAUCCUUUCCAACUUUGCGCCGACAGCAGCCCGAGCGACAACUGCCGCCACCGCCUCGGCCUCCUUCUCAUACAACCCCAGAAGCCAGCAACGGCGGCGAUACUCGUCCUCGAAACCCUCGAGUCCGAACGACUCCUCCAAGGGGCUGCCCGCUGGCCAGAUGACGGCGUCGCCCGCGCAGUCCUCCAAGUCCUCCGCCGAGAAGCCCGCUGGAGAGAAGCGCAAGCGCAAGGCCAAAGAUAGCACAGAUGCCCUCGGCAAGCUGCCAAGUGUGCCCAGCACUCACCAUGUGCCACAAGAAGCUCUCGCCUUGUCUACCUUCUUCUCCCUUCACCGGCCCAUAUCCAUAACCCAGGGCUUUCCCAGGACCGUGAGCAACGACGAUUUUGCACAGAUCUUCGUGGCGCGGAGUAAAAACCCAAAGUUCAGCGAUGUCAUGUCCACCCUCUCGAGAACCGUAGACGACCUCGAGCAGCCCAUGCAGGGCCUGUCCAUGGCCCACCAGGACGCCAUGGCCGCAGAGCAAUCCGCCGACCACAUGCAGAAGAUUGAGGUCAGACGUCCGAACGGCUCCGAAGCUGGCAUCCAGAUUCAGCUCAACGCCAUGUCUGGACAGUUCCUCCCCUUCCGCCCCCCUCCUCUGCCCCAACCGCAAUCGGCAGCCCCUGCCGAAACCGGCGCCCAAGAGGCCCUUGACGCCCAACCAACGACCCGCGUCUACAAGGCCAUCUUCACUUUGGAGGAGACGACCGAGGCUAACGGCGAGGUCAGGAUAGUCGCUCACAGCCCUACCCUGGUUGAGAAUGACACUGUUCCAAAGACUUUCCUCGAGCGCAUGGCUCUGCGCCAGCUGCGCCGCGAGGAGGUCCGUGGACAAGCCGAUCAGAUGGUUGCCAUCAGCGUCAAGAGACAAAGAAAGCUCAAGAUGAAGAAGAAGAAGUACAAGAAGUUGAUGAAGCGCACCCGUACCGAGCGCCGCAAGCUGGACAGAGUGUAA